UGCCACAUAUCGUGCAGAUUUUCAUGAAUGCGGCAACCUCUGAAAUUUUGAUAUCUUCAUUUUAUAAUUGAAAACAUAAGCGGAUUGUUAACUGUUUUCCUGCUAAAUAAACAUAGGCAAUAUGUCGGAAAUGUCUGUUGCCAAAUUGUCCCUUCGAAAUCUAGGAACGAUGAGCAACAGGGACAUGGAGCAUUUGGCGCCCAUUAUUUCGAAGAAGUCGCGGCGUGUCAAAAAGAAAAAUUUGAAAAGGAAAAUUCAGCACGAGUGGUCAGAGAACGAGGUUAUAAGCCUAAUCAAAGCUGUUAAACAACAACCAUCGAUCUGGAUGGACGGUCCAUUGCAGCAAAAAUUGAAUAGAUCAGACUGCUGGAACAGCAUUAUCGCUGCCCUUGCCAUAGACGGCGUCGACGUCAACGAGGCCAAAACAAAAUGGGCCUCGCUUCGCGUCACUUACAGGCUUAAUUUAAGCAAAAGACAAAGCGCGGGCCUGGCUAAUACCAGCGCUGUGGUCUGGCGUUAUUUCGAGCUCAUGUCGUUCCUGGACCAAAAUAACGCGGAUCCAUCGAAUGCUGCGCGUAAAGAGCAUACCCCAAGCCCUGAAACGAAACCUUUUGCGCAGACUCGGCCGUCACGGGUGGUCGCUACGUCGAUCAAGAGACGUCGGACACGCGGCAAUGCUAGCUGCACAACGUCCACACCAAUGAUACCACUGGUGUCCAUCGCAGCAAGCACUUCACUGGGUGCAUUACCAUCGGCUGCGAUUGCGCCAGGCGUGACAACCCCAUUACCAUCUCCUACUGGCGCCUCACAAAGUCCGGCAAGAUCGUCAUCCAGUAAAUCAGCGUCUCUAUCAGCACCGGCAGCUGCCGCCUUGCAAGCUGUAGCCGCUGCUUUGCCAACUGCGGCAGGCGCAAACUCCAAUUCGGACGCAAAUUCGGCAUUUUGCGAAUAUCUAUUGUCGGAAAUGCGAACAAUUUCCAGCGACCACGCGCGUGCACUACGACACCAUCUGUCCCGAACGCUGUUGCAAUUCCUAGAAAAUGUUAAGGAAGCUGACCAAAUGGCACAAUAAUCUUGGUCAUAAGUAACCACCUCCAGGUAAUAGCUCAUCUAAUGCCAUAUUCCAAAACUAUGCUAAACUUAAGCCUGAGAACAACUCAACGCGCAGUUGUUUUUUUUUUUUUAAUUUAUAUUUAUUAAGACCUUUCUAAAUAGGAGAGACGUGACUCGAAAUGCCCACUCGGUUUUAAAAAAAAUAUAUUUUAGAUGUCUCAUUUGAUUACGUGUCAUAAAAUGAAGCUUUGAAAAGCCAAAAAACAAUAUAUAUAUAUAAGAAAAUAAUUAAUGUCAAUAUAAAAUUGAGUUUUAUAAUGUA